CUGUAAAAAUUUCUUCCCCCCCUCUCUGAAUCCCCCGCUUCUUUGAUCCCUUUCUGCAAAUCAUCUGCUUUUCAAGAAUCUGUUUUUGGAAAAAUAGUCAGGUGUUUUCAGAAUCGAGAUCUGUUUUCUUUUUUAAUUAUUUUCUGUGUUUUUUCUUCAUCUGAUCUGAUCUGCACGAGGGCUUAUUAGUUGUCCCUCAAAGGUUUGAUUUUUAUAACAAAAAGGGGUUGUUAUUUGAAGACCCUCUUGAUUUUCUUGUUUUAAUGGCUGCCACCAUGGAUUUGUGGAGUAGUAUAGGUGUAGAUUUUCAUUCUUCAGAGCCUUUUAAUGGCGGCGGGGAUCUCAUGGAAGCACUUGAGCCUUUUAUCAGUGCUUCUCCGUCACCGUCUCCGUCGCCUUCUUCUUCUUCUGAUUUAUUUUAUGGAUCUUAUGGGAGCUUUAAUGGUUAUUCGGGCUGUGGGGUUGGGCAGUCGGGCUUUAUCGGGCUUAACCCGUUGACGCCGUUACAAGUCCGUCAGAUUCAGACCCAAAUCGAUCUGCAGGCGCAACAAAUGAUGGGCUCUGCGCCGUUUCAGAGCCAGUGGCCGCCGCAGCAGCGCCGGAAUUUGAGCUUUUUGGCGCCGAGGCCGGUGCCGAUGAAGGUGGCUCACGCGCCGCCAAAGCCGACCAAGCUGUACCGAGGGGUGAGGCAGCGCCACUGGGGGAAAUGGGUGGCGGAGAUCCGUUUGCCCAAGAACCGUACCCGCCUCUGGCUGGGGACGUUCGACACGGCGGAGGAGGCGGCGCUGGCCUACGACAAGGCGGCGUACAAGCUCCGAGGCGAUUCGGCUCGGCUCAACUUUCCUAACCUGCGCCACAACGGCUCCCUCAUCGGCGGCGACUUCGGCGAGUACAAGCCGCUCCACUCCAACGUCGACGCCAAGCUGCAAGCCAUCUGCCAGAGCUUAGCCGAGAACAAGAGCCUCGACUCCAAGAAGUCCAAGCCGGCUCCGCCGCAAAAGCCCAAGGAAGAAGCCGUGGAGGAUGACAAGCCAGCCGAAGCGGGACCCGAAAACUCCGGAUCGGAUUCUGGAUCGAGCGGAUCGGUGCCCGAAAUCUGCGGAUCGGAUUCCGGGUCGGACGGGUCAUCUCCCGUUUCGGAUCGAACGUUUCCGGAUUUCACGGACGAAGAGUCCACGUGGGACAUGUUCUCGGAGCUUCAAAAAUAUCCAUCUCACGAGAUUGAUUGGGCAUCUCUAUAAUUAGUCUUUUAUUUUAAUUAGUUUUUCUUUUUAUUUUUAAGGAAAAAAAAGGAGUGGUCCAAGUCACAUGUGGUCACGUGAUGAAUGGUGUAGGGUGGGGCCGGCUGCAAGAUAUUUUUGAAAAUUGCAGGGAAGGCCCUUAGCAUGCUGAUUAUUAUGGAGUCAGUCCUUGUAGUUAUUGUUAUUACUAGGAAGAUCCUCAACUGGCUAGCCAGUGGUUUUUGUCUUGGCUAGACCAGGGAAUUUUAUGUUUUUUUGGUAGAAUGUGUUUAUGUUGGUGUCUAUAUUGUAUUUUAUUUUGAAUUUCGGUGUUA